CAAACCGUUUUUGUGGAGUUGUCUUCUCUCAUUUUUUCAAUAUGUGUGCUAUGGCGUUUGGAGGACAUGAAUAACAGAGUAAGAAUCCACUCCGCAAGAGUUAGCUGAGCUGCUAAAGAGACGAGAAGAAACCCAAUGGCGGAUCUCCUUUCAAAUUCUGCACUCUUCUUUAAUUCCAAGCCAUUUCUCCCACUCCCGGCUCUUUCAAGAACCAUCCAAGCUGGAAGCUGUAGCAGUAAUUGUAGAAGAAGAACAAGAAAACUCCCUCAAAUCUCAUUCUUUUGCAGACCCGAUUCCCAAGUUGUUGUUGAAAUCAUCUCAACUCAUGAACAUGAUGAUGGCAGUUUUCUCUUCCAAUUUGGGGAUCCAAGCGAGCUUGCAGAAGAGGGUUUGUUGGUGGAAUCCAAGGUUGAGAAAGUGGACGGUAGAAAAGAUAUGGAGGAUUCUAAUGUGGUGGACGGAGAUUGGGAUAAAGACGAAGAACAUGAAGAAAUGCUUAAGAGAGUGGAGAGGAAUGAUGACAUUUUAACUUAUGCUGCAAAUGAUACUAAUCUUUCUGACUCAGUAGUAGAAACGAGUGAAAGAAGCAAUAGUCAUUUACAUAUAGAUAGAAGCAUGGAAGCAGAUGAGCCAUUGUUGGAAAAUUCCGGCGACCAUUUUGCACACUUGGAUCAUAACACAGGACAAUUUUCUGGCAACCCUUCACCAAACAUGUUACUGGAAGUGGAACUAACAGAAGAUGUAGACUGGACUGAGCCUAAUAAUAGCAUUGACGCAAUUCAGACGCCGGAGUUUGUGCUAUCUUCUGGUGCUGCUUCAUUGCCGCAUCCAGCAAAGGUAGACAAAAGAUCAACUCAAAACAUCACCCCUGGUGGGGUGGAUGCUUAUUUUAUGACGAAUCAGAACUGGCUUGGUUUAGCUGAUGGAAUCGGUCAGUGGUCUCUUGAAGGUACUGUCCCAGGAGUAUAUUCCAUAGAACUGAUGCGGUACUGUGAAAAGGCUGUGUUGCAGAACUUAGCAACUGACCCUAAGGCUGUUCUUGAACUGAGCAUAGAAAAAGUAGAGUCCCCUGGAUCUUCUACAGCUUUGAUUGUGCACUUUGAUGGCCGGGUUCUCCAUGUGGCUAAUAUUGGAGACUCUGGAUUUAUGAUCAUAAGGAAUGGAGUGGUCUAUAAAAUGUCAUCUCCAAUGCUCCAUGAGUUCAGUUUCCCUAUUCUAAUAGGGAGGGAUUGCGAUCCAUCCCGAAUAGUGCAGGAAUACAAAAGUGAGUUAGAAGAAGGGGACGUAGUGGUCACUGCAACUGAUGGCCUUUUUGACAAUUUGUAUCCACAAGAGAUUACAUCAAUUGUGGCCUCGUCUUUGGAAGCUAACAAAACACCCCAGCAAAUCGCGGAAGCAUUGGGCACAAGAGCACAAGAAGUUGGCGGUGCAGGUAGCGGGAGGAAGAGGAGCCCAUUUUCCGAUGCCGCCGAAGCGGCUGGAUACAUCGGCCAAACUGGCGGAAGGCGUGAUAGUGUGGCUGUUAUUGUGUGUCUAGUCCAAAACGCAUACUAAAGUAACAACCAUUAGUAGCAAGUAAAAGAAGUCUAGAACUAGUAGCAGUCAAGAUGUUUGGUUGGUUGGUAUGUAGAAUACUUUCCUUAAACCCACUUAAUGAAUACUUUUGUCUUCGUAUAGAGGUGAGACGCCAUAUCUGAUUGUUCUUUUGAUUUUGAAUACUUAUGGCUCAGUCGGUCACCAAUGUCUAUCAAUAUACCAGCUCGAGCACAGCCCCAUAUGAACACUUUGCCUGCUCGGCUUUUAUUAAGGCGCUGCACCAACCUACUAGUAAAUUGAUUGACAUAGUUUCUAAAAAGGCUUGCAUUUUCUUGUCAAUGUUUGCAACAUAAGCUUUUAUAAUUUUCAGAUGUUUUCUUUCGAAAUGUUCUCUUUGCAUUGAGCUGCUUCAGCCCUUCUGGUCGUCGAUCGCCUUGCGUGAGCUAGCUACUUUAAAGUUUCGGUAGAAACCCAUCUUAGGACGACUUGAAGGCCUUUCAUCCUGCGAUUGAUGACCAGAAGGCUCGAAAGCAGUUCAACGCAUAGAGAACUUUUUGAAGGAAAACGGAUGCGAGAACUAUCAGAGCUCAUGUUGUAAAUAUUGAUAAAAAAAAUUGUCAUUUUCUUCUAGAAAUUAUUCAAAUCAAUUUACUCGUAGGCGGGUGCAACGCCUAAAUAAAAGUAGGAUGGGCAAAGUGUUCAUGUGGGGUUGUGUUGGAGUUGGUAUAUCGAUGGGCAUUGCCAAUCAAUUGAGCUAUAUAUG